AUGACUGAGUCACCCUGGCUGACUCUGAUGUACGGAAUCUACCAGUGGGUUAUCUGCUCCGUUACCAAACCACCUCCUUCUCCCACCUGGGAUCGACGACAUCGUCGGCUACUACCCGAUGGCAGCAGAGAUACUCGGGGGAUUUUUCACCGCACGCCCAAUAACCCUGCUCUCUCUCUUCUUCGGGUGAAUAGACAGGUCAACGAGGAAGUCGGCAACUUUCUCUUUUACCUCCCCCCACCUAGUAGUUACCACGUCGACAUCAUGUGCGUUAAGGAGUCCGGUCUAUGGCCUACUUGGUCGAUUCCGCCGCCUCUACCUGGAAAGAGGAGCCAUGCCGCACCCACACAUUACAUUGACUCCAUAUACGCGACACUCCGGAUAUUCAACCCGCCCAAGUCAAUGAAGAGUUAUUUUCGGAAUGGACUGACGUUCCACUUGAGCUACGGGCAGCAAGACCCCAUUAUGGAUGGAUUCUACGGGCUGCUAGAAGCGUUCUUCCAUCGUGGACCUGGCUUCAUGGACCGCAGCGGCGGCGCUGAAGAUGAACCGAGCGUCGCCCCUAGAUACGUCGUCAAGGAUAUCAUUAUCGACAUCAUGGCACCUCCGGAUGCCUCGAAGCACAGGAGUGUCAUUAUGGAUGAUCUGCAUUACCGCCCCGGCCGCCUCGCAUCACGGCAUGCGGGGCAUGACGACGUGUCGGUGGCGCCGGAGGAGCGUCUGGCAGUGCUCAUGACCAGACAUUUAGACAUGGCUUUAUCGUUUACUUCAAAGUUGCUAAAUAAGGGGAUGCUUGUUUAUGAGCAGAUGUCCGGUUCGUUCGUUUUCAUGGUAUGCGGGAAAGAGUAUAAGAGGGUCGAGGUAGAAGCGUGCUUGAAGAGGUUGGAGGAGGUUUAUCUGGGCCCGGAUGGUGAACCCAAUCUGGAUCACAGGGAAAGAUUCCGGAGAUGGAAGAGAUGGGUGGAUGACAGGCGGGGGAGGAUGAAGGAGGGUCUUGAUCUGAGUACUCAUCGGCCUGUUGAACAGCUUAAGGGUUAG